GAACCCCUUCUCACCCUUGAAAGGUAAAUUACCAAAGAGCUCAGAAGUGAGCAUCAGAGAGAGAGAGAAAAGUAAUCAUGCACAGUCCUCACAGAGAAGAAUCAGAGAACCAAAAAACGAAAACGAAAUGCCUUUGUAAGAGAGAAAUAUCGUCGUUCAAAGGAAUGAGGAGUAUCUGCUUCACUCCCUCUAAGGAUUUUUCUAUUACUUAUUUUUCUUCUUCUAUUUCGCCUCGUCCUCCUCUGAGAAGCUGCAGUACCUUAUCGGAAUCCAUGAUGGAAGAGAACUUGGAGCAAGCCGAAUCCAUCAUCACCAAGUGGGAUCCCAACACCUCCUCCUUCUUCAAAGUCACCUCUCUCUUCCACGAAAACCGCCGUGAAGCCAAGGACUUCCUCAAAUCCGUCAAGGAUUUGCAGCGUGUUAUGCACUACUUCGUCUCCCACUACUCCUCCUCUGACAAGCUUGUUCGAGCCCAUAACCUGACGCAGAUCGCCAUGAAGCGUCUACAGAAGGAAUUCUACCAAAUUCUCUCCGCCAAUCGCGACCACCUCGACCCCGAAUCCGUUUCCGUUCGAUCCAGUACUUCCCGCGCCUCUGCUAGAUCAAGCAUCUCCGACUACGAAGACGACGCCGGCUCCGAGGUCGAGAUUCAGGCUGCCGGCAUAUCCAUUUCAGAGGUUGAGCAGUUCUCCACACUCGUCAUGUCGGACCUCAGGUCCAUCGCCGAAUGCAUGAUCUCGUCCGGAUACGGCAAAGAGUGCAUCAAGAUUUACAAGAUAAUGAGGAAGUCUAUCGUUGAUGAGGCUCUGUACAAGCUCGGAGUCGAGCGGCUCUCCUCUUCGAAGAUUCAAAAGAUGGAUUGGGAGGUCCUUGAGCUCAAGAUUAAGAGCUGGCUCAACGCCGUCAAGAUUGCAGUGAAGUCACUCUUUUCUGGCGAAAGGAUCGUCUGCGAUCACGUCUUCUCCACUUCCGAUUCCACCAGAGAGUCCUGUUUCUCGGAUAUCACUAAUGAAGGAGCCAUCCAUCUGUUACGGUUCCCAGAAUCCGUGGCCAAGAUCCACAAGGGAAAGUCACCGGAAAAGAUGUUCAGAAUACUCGAUUUCUAUGAAGUCAUCUCUGAACUAUUUCUCGAUAUCCAAUCGAUCUUCUCCUUCGAUUCUACCACUGUCAUCCGGUCUCAAGCUCUGAACUCACUUAUCACGCUCGGCGACAGUGUUCGUGCAAUGUUAUCAGAUUUGGAAUCCGCCAUUCAAAAGGAUUCAUCAAAAUCCCCAAUCCAAGGAGGCGGUCUCCAUCCUCUGACCCGUUACGUGAUGAAUUACCUAUCUCGCCUCUCCAAUUACAGCGGAAUCCUCUCUGACAUCGUCGCCGAUUGGCCUUUGCCGGAGCAUGUGUCUCUGCCACAGUUCUACUUUGAGAGCUCAAACCUUAAAGACAAUCCAUCGUCGGGGUUAACUAUUCGGCUGGUUUGGAUUAUAUUGGUGCUCCUCUGCAAGCUCGACGGCAAGGCGGAGCUAUACAAAGACCCCGCCUUAGCAUAUCUGUUCCUGACCAACAAUUUACAGUACAUGGUGAAGAAGGUUCAGAAUUCCAAUCUCAGGUAUUUAUUGGGAGAGGAUUGGAUGUCGAAGCAGGAAGCAAAGGUGAAAAGAUACGCGGCGAGCUACGAGAAGAUUGGGUGGAGUAAGGUUCUAUCGGCGAUACCGGAAAAUUCGACCGCCACCGCGAUGUCAGCAGAAGAGGCGAAGGAUUGCUUCAAGAACUUCAAUUCGGCGUUUGAGCAGACAUACAGAACAGAGUCGUCUUGGGUCGUCAAGGGUAGAAAGCUCAGGGAAGAGAUUAAGGUUUCCAUAGCCAAGAAACUCGUGCCAAGGUAUCGGGCUUUACUGAGAACAGGGAACAAUUUGGAGUCAAUUGUCAAGUUUACCCCUGAUGAUUUGGGGAAUUACUUAUCUGAUCUGUUCUACGGGACCAGUGCUUCGUCGUCGGCGUCUUGUUCACCGGCGCAAUCGCCAGGGAAGCGCCUCUUGACGGUGAGAGAGACGGGGAGGGAGAGAACGACUUAG